AUGGAGGGUCCUCAGCUCUUCGCUUUCCUCACCCUUGGAGUUUGCUACGCCUCUGCCUGGUCCGUGAGCAAUUUCCUCAUGACGGGACCCAAGGCCUACCUGACUUACACCACCAGUGUGGCCCUGGGGGCUCAAAGCGGCAUUGAGGAGUGCAAGUUUCAGUUUGCCUGGGAGCGAUGGAACUGCCCCGAAAACGCCCUGCAGAUCUCCACUCAAAGCAGGCUAAGUGCCACCAGGGAGACGUCCUUCAUUCACGCCAUCAGCUCCGCCGGGGUCAUGUAUACCAUCACCAAGAACUGCAGCAUGGGGGACUUUGAGAACUGUGGCUGUGAUGAGUCCGUCAACGGGAAGACAGGGGGUCACGGCUGGAUCUGGGGAGGCUGCAGUGACAAUGUGGACUUUGGCGAGAGGAUCUCCAAACUCUUCGUGGAUGGGCUGGAGAGGGGCAAAGACGCCAGAGCCCUAAUGAAUCUCCACAACAACAAGGCGGGGAGGCUGGCGGUCCGGGCCACCAUGAAGCGGACGUGCAAGUGCCACGGCAUCUCGGGCAGCUGCAGCGUCCAGACCUGCUGGCUGCAGCUGGCCGACUUCCGCGAGAUGGGCCGCUACCUGAAAGCCAAGUACGACCGGGCCCUGAAGAUGGAGACGGGCGAGCGCCCGGCCCGGGCCGGCAACAGCGCGGACGGCCACUGGGCCCCGGCCGAGGCCCUCCCCGCCCGCCUGGAGACCGAGUUGGUCUUCCUGGAGGAGUCCCCCGACUUCUGCGCCCGCAACGCCAGCCUGGGCGUCCUGGGCACCGAGGGCCGCGAGUGUCUGCAGGGGGAGCGGCGGGUCUGCCGGCGCCUCUGCAGCGACUGCGGGCUGCGGGUGGAGGAGCGGCGCAGCGAGGUCCUGGCCAGCUGCAACUGCAGGUUCCACUGGUGCUGCGUGGUUCGCUGCGACCAGUGCCGCCAGGCCGUCACCAAGCACUACUGCGCCCGCCCUCGCACCCGGGGCCGGGCUGAGGCCGCCCAUCCCGGCCAGGGAAAGCGAUCCCGGCUCCAGCCGGGGCCUCCUCCGGACCGCUAG